AGCUUCAAGAUUAGUCAAUUAUUCAAAACAGUCGCUACCAGAACAGUCGCAACCAGAACAAUCGCAAUCACCUAGGCAGUCAUUACAGCAGUCAUUGCAACAGUGAUUGCAACAGUUAUCAUAAGAGCCACAACACCAAGCCAACAGGAUGUCUGAAACUGUGGAACAAAUUUUAGAAAAAUUUAUACCACAAGAGAAAUUAACUGAUAUAAAACGCAUUUUAUAUGGAUGUGCAUUUAAACCAUUAGAUAUAGCAUGGGAAGAUGAACAUUUUCAAAUAAGUGGAUGGCAGGUGACUAAUCAGAUCAAUGAAGAGCUUCGUCCUCCACGUUUAGUUCGUGUUGGACUGAUACAGCAUAGCAUAGUAGCAGGAACAACAGAACCUAUUCAAAAUCAACGAGAUGCAGUACAUAACAAAAUUAGAUCGUACAUUGUGCAAGCAGCUCAAUAUCAAGUUAACAUUUUAUGCCUUCAAGAAGCAUGGACUAUGCCAUUCGCUUUUUGUACGAGGGAAAAGUAUCCGUGGUGCGAGUUUGCAGAGGAUGCCGAGACUGGACCCACGACCGUGUUCCUAUCUAGUCUUGCCAAGAAGUACAACAUGGUAAUAAUAUCGCCGAUUUUGGAAAGAGAUUCCUCUGACGGCGAUACUAUCUGGAACACUUGUGUAGUGAUCAACACGGAUGGUACAGUUCUCGGAAAACAUAGGAAGAACCAUAUUCCUCGUAUCGGAGAUUUUAACGAAUCUACCUACUAUAUGGAAGGCAAUACAGGGCACCCGGUAUUCGACACUCCUUUUGGACGUAUCGCGAUUAAUAUAUGUUACGGACGUCAUCAUCCAUUGAACUGGUUGAUGUUCGGCUUGAAUGGGGCAGAGAUUGUUUUUAAUCCAUCCGCUACUGUUCAGGGAUUAUCGGAGCAUUUAUGGCCAAUCGAGGCAAGAUGCGCCGCAAUAGCGAAUAAUUAUUACACUUGCGCUAUCAAUCGCGUAGGAACUGAACUUUUCAAAAAUGAAUUUACCUCUGGUGAUGGAAAUCCAGCACACCACGACUUUGGAUUCUUUUACGGCUCUAGCUAUAUUACCGCCCCCGAUGGCUCACGAACUCCAAGCCUAUGUCGGCACAAAGAUGGAUUGCUCGUUGGAGAAUUAGAUCUCAAUAUGUGUCGACAAAUAAAAGAUAUAUGGGGAUUUAGAAUGACACAAAGACUUGAUAUGUAUGUUAAAGAACUUGCUGAAUAUGUUUCAAAACGGGAUGGUAAACAAGAUGAAAAAUCAAAACAAUUGUACUGAUACAGACUUUAUAAGGUGUAUAAUUAAAAUUAAUAAGUUCUUGAGUUUAUAAAUUUUUAUAAAUUAAUAAUCAAUUGUUUUUCUAUGUGAUCUAUGUAUAUUGCCAUUAAAUGUGAUCAACUUUAUAUUUUAUGAAUAAAGUUCUUAUAUUUUAUGAACAAAA